AGCCGCAGGCGGGCGGGGGCGGCUGCUUCCUGGAGACCGCAGGGGUGGAGGGAGCGCGGCGCCCCUAGCCUGACGGGUCCCUGAAACUGGCAGACCUUCUUUUGAGAGUGGCUCCUGGUGACGCCUUAACUUCUUCAGAAAAACAAAUUGAGGUACUUGCUCCUUGAAAUAAGUGCCCCAAGCCAAGGCGUAUCGUUAACAGCUGAAGUGCAAGAGUCACAGUAAAAGUUACCACAGUGUGCCUCUUCAGAUGUAAAGAGGACGCCUGCCUUUUAAGUUUUCCCCUCAAGUCUUCAGUUUUUCCUUCGUGCAGGAUGAGGAAGUUUUCAUUCCCAAUAUUUCGGGGGAUUUUCGCCGUCCAGGAGACCAUUUGGGGAGGCAAACUCAAAGGGGUGUUGAGAGGAAAUUGAGUUGGACUCCUGCCUGAUCCCCCACUGUGGUAGGAUGAAUGUGGGGGUGGCACACAGCGAAGUAAACCCCAACACUCGAGUGAUGAAUAGCCGGGGCAUCUGGCUGGCCUACAUCAUCUUAGUGGGACUGCUGCAUGUGGUUCUACUCAGCGUCCCCUUCUUCAGCAUUCCUGUUGUCUGGACCCUGACCAACGUCAUCCAUAACCUGGCUAUGUAUGUCUUCCUACAUACAGUGAAAGGGACACCCUUUGAGACCCCUGACCAAGGAAAGGCUCGACUACUGACACACUGGGAACAGAUGGACUACGGGCUCCAGUUUACUUCUUCCCGAAAAUUCCUCAGCAUCUCUCCUAUUGUACUCUACCUCCUGGCCAGCUUCUACACCAAGUAUGAUGCUGCUCACUUCUUCAUCAACACAGCCUCACUGCUCAGUGUACUGCUGCCCAAGUUGCCCCAAUUCCAUGGGGUUCGUCUCUUUGGCAUCAACAAGUACUGAGGGAUGGGCUUGGGGCUGACGCUGGAACAAAGGGCUGUCACAUACUGUCUUCUCCAUACUGUCUUCUGUAUCUUAAAAGCCUGAGGACUGUACCACCUUCCCUAGACUUGAGGGAAGAGAACAGACUGGAAAGUGGGGCUCCCUUGGCCCAGCCCUGCUAAAAACAGGUUUCUUUGAAUCAAGAAAGGUCAGGGCCAAAUCACUCACCGCCACAGCAGGAAGCCACAUUUGGGCAGCUUACUUAGUAAUUAAGUUUUUCCAUAUCUUCCACUCCCUACCACCUUCCAACUCUGUGUUGCUAUGUAUUUUCCUUAUAAUAAAGAUAAUUUUUUUCAAAUAUGGCUACAAUUUGA